UAGCUUCUUAUUUGAUUUAUUCACCGAAGUCGCAACCUGGAUCCAGUCAGUCCUGUCGGUGAUUGCUAUAGCUUUCUUUGCGAUAUUUUUUUGUUCUGUCUCACAAACUUGGAUAGUGUUGUUUCUCGAUACUUAAGUUUUGGAUAUUUCUGUGGAUUUAAUUAUGAAAUAAACUGGUGGAAAACGAGGAGGUACUUAUUGCUGUCCUUGCAGAAUAUGUUACGCUUGCUGCAUUUUGUGCGGAGUAGACAAAUUGGAAAGACAUGUGCAUUCCACCGCUGUGAUUUCUAGGCUAUUUUAAAUACUGCGCCUUUUGCAGUAACUCCUUGCUGUUUGAUUGUUUUGCGAAAAUGGAUGUGUGAACAUGGAAAUAAUAAUAUUAUUGACAAUUUGACGCUAAUUAUCCGGUGGAUUAUUACUGCCAUAUUUCAUCGACAUACCAGUUAUUCCCGUUGGACCAAACCACUUGAAUCCGAAUAAUCCGUCCAUUUUGUAGCGUUUAGUCUGUUUUAUUAAUUUAUUAUUGUGGACCAUGUUCGGUGAUUCGUUGGCGUCAGUUAAGCCUUACAAUUGUUGAUUCUGCUGCUGCGCGUUAAAGACUCUGCUGCUGCGCGUUAAACGAAAAUGGUGCAGACGUAUACUUCUCCAAUCCGUGUGUACAAGUUCCCUUUUGAACUUGUGAUGGCUGCUUAUGAGAAGCGCUUUCCGACUUGUAAAAUGAUUCCGGUCUUUGUCGGAAGUGAAAUUACAUCGGAAGUGAACAGUCCAGACGGAGCGACCAGUGUAAUAGAGAGGCGAUGCAAGCUGAAUGUUGAUGCGCCCUACCUGCUCCGCAAGAUUGCCGGUGUGGAUUUUGUUUAUUUUAUUCAACGAAAUUCCAAGGAUCGCCGCCGUCGCACCUUGCUAAUUGAAGCAUGGAACGAAAGCUUUUCCUCGAGGCUGACAAUCAAAGAAACCUGCAAAUAUUCGGUGCAUCCCGACAACGAAGACUGGACAUGUUUCGAGCAAGAUGCCAGUCUGGAGAUCAAAUCAUUUUUUGGAUUCGAAAGCGCCGUAGAAAAGCUGGCUAUUAAGCAAUAUAUGGCCAAUAUAAAAAAGGGCAAAGAAGUUAUCGAUUAUUACAUUCAGGAACUGUUGGAUGAAGGCGUCACGCACGUACCACGUUUCUCAAUAGAGGAAGACGUCGGGAACACCGGAGAUGCCGAUGAUGAGAUCACUAUUGUUAACAGUCAGAUAACCGCCCCGGUGAACCCUCCUGCAUCUUUUGAUGGGAAACUUCAUCGCGAUAGUUUGUAUAAACUGGAAGCUGAUUAUAUCCAUCGCUGCUUGGGAGAUUUGGAUCCGGUAGAGGAAAGCCGUCUGGUGGAACUUAAACAGUGGUUGCAAGAGCACCAUAAAGAAAAGAUCCCAUCCGAUGCCCAUCUAUUGCGAUUUUUACGGGCGCGUGGAUUUAUUGUAGAGAAGGGACGUGAAAUGCUUUGCCGCUCCCUUAUUUGGAGAAAACAGCAUCAGAUCGAUCGUCUCUUGAGUACAUGGAAGGCCCCCGAGGUCCUUAAGCAAUACUUUCCGGGUGGAUGGCACGGUUAUGAUGACGCUGGACGUCCGGUAUUCGUGCUUCGUCUGGGUAAUCUCGAUGUAAAAGGUCUUUUACGCUCGGUUGGUGUUGAUGGAUUAUUAAAAUUGGCUAUAACGGUCUGCGAAGAGGGUUUGGCCCGCUGUGAAGAAGCCACGAAAUUACACCAGCAUCCUGUCAGCUCCUGGGCGUGUAUCUUUGAUCUGGAUGGUUUGAGCAUGCGUCAUCUAUGGCGACCGGGAUUGAAAGUCCUUUACCGAAUUAUUGAGGUGGUGGAGGCGAAUUAUCCGGAGACUAUGGGAAGGGUGUUUCUUGUGCGUGCACCACGUCUUUUUCCCAUACUGUGGACCAUUGUCAGUCCUUUUAUCGACGAGAACACGCGAAAGAAAUUUAUCAUUUAUGGCGGAAACGACCACGAAAUAGAGGGCGGACUGAAGGAUUAUUUGGACAAAAAGUACAUACCGAAGUUUCUGGGUGGAGAUGCUGACUGCGAUGUUCCCGAGGGAGGUUUGGUUCCAAAAAGUCAUUAUCUACCGGAAGACGCUGAUUUGGAGUCAGGCAUUGACUCCAUAUCUAUUUCAUCGGAAUCAUUGUACCAGUCUGUUAGUUUAGUGAAAGACAGUUAUCAUGAGGUUCCUGUGGUCAUUCAGGAAUCCGGUUCCGUUAUAACGUGGGAUUUCGACGUUUGCAAAGGUGAUUGCACCUUUACCAUUCUUUACACACCCGACCCACUUCCUCCGAUGGCAGUUCCGCCUCCCAGCCCCGCAGCUCAUCCAUCACUAAUGGACUCGCAUCCAGGAUUGCAGUUAACACGUGUUGUGCCAGUGAUUAACUGUACAGAUGGAAGUUCAGAGCAGGGUACUUAUGCCGCUGAGAAACCUGGAACGUAUAUUCUCCAGUGGAAAAGUAUUGAGCCUGCCAGCACUUCCGCCCAGGCACAUUCUCAGUUCACCUUUGAUUUUGGUUUAACGAGUAGCUACAAAUGCAAGGUCCUGUACCAUUAUGAUACAAUUAGUCAGGAUGAAUUUAGAGGUUCUUUGAGUAGUGUUCAGUCAUUCUCAUCGCUCAGUAUGGCUUGAAAUUGGACUAAGGGUUGUUACUCAGUGCCUGUUCGGGGUUGUUGAUGUCUUUAAGUUAUUCUUUCAUGCUUUAGAAUUGGUGUUUUUUGGGAUACUCGUUCGCUAGUUGAAGUUUUUGGUCUACGAAAAUGUUGAUGAUUGGGUGAUAUUAGAGUGUGUAUUGUUUGUACUCUUGAUUAUGCCUGUCGUUGCAGGUGUUGAUUUUAUUUCUGGUUUUAUGAGUUUAAGUAGAGAUCUAACUUUCUUCGCUUAGGUCAUUAGAAUGAAUAUUUUGGGGCUAGUCUGUUAACUGCGUUGUUAUUUAGACCUGGUUUGUCCUGUUGAAGCAGAUUGACUAAGACGGGAAAUGAAUCACUCGUUUGGUUG